AAGUUUUGAGAUUGAAAAUAAGCAGUCGCGAGUACAUUAGACAUUGAAUAGGGUUUUGGCCAUCAAUUAACAAACACACCCACCCUUCUGAGUUGAGUUGAGUUCUGUUCUUCUUCUCUCCCUUCUCCAUGGGACGCACUACAUCAGGGAAGCUCAGAAACAUCCUUGGUCUAAUCAAGGACAAGGCUUCUCAAAGCAAAGCAGCCCUCCUCUCCAAUCCCACCACCCUUUCUUUUCACCUAUCCCUCCUCCGCGCCACCACCCACGACCCCUUCACCCCUCCCCUUCACAAGCACCUCUCCGCCAUACUCUCCUUCGGCCACUCCUCUCGCGCCACCGCUUCCUCCGCCAUCGAAGCGCUCAUGGACCGUCUCCAGACCACCCGCGACUCCUCCGUCGCCCUCAAGUGCCUCUUCAUCGUCCAUCUCGUCCUCGUGCGCGGCGACUUCAUCCUCCAGGAUCAGCUCUCCGUAUACCCCUCCACCGGCGGCAGAAACUACCUCAAGCUCUCCAACUUCCGUGACAAUUCCAGCCCCUUAAGUUGGGAGCUCUCCUCCUGGGUACGUUGGUACGCGCAAUACAUCGAAACCCUUUUAUCUACCUCUAGAGUUUUGUGCUUCUUUCUUUCUUCAUCUUCGUAUAGUUCAGAGAAAGAUAAGCAGGAAGAAAAAAUCACAGCGCUUAUGGAUAAGGAAUUGCUUGUAGAAGUUGUCUCCCUGGUGGGUUUGAUGGAAGAGAUUUGUAAGAGACCGGACCCUUUACAUGUCGAAGGUAACAAAUUGGUGGAAGAUAUCAUGGGUUUUGUUUGUGAGGAUCAUUUCUCGGCAAUAAACGAGGUUUCCGUUCGAGUCGGUGAGUUUAGGGAGAGGCUGGGUGGACUGAGUUUCGGCGAAUCGGUCGAGUUAGUUUGUGCUCUGACAAGGUUAGAGAAUUGCAAAGGGAGGUUGUACGAGUUGUCCGCCAGAAAAAGGUCAGUGAUGGAGAGCUUUUGGUGUUUGAUUGGGGAGAUUAAGGAAGGGGUUGGGAUGGAGAAGGAUGGGGGGAAGUUGAUGAUCAGGGUGAGAAGUGAGAAGGCUGGCGAGUCAGCUCGGUAUGGUGAGCGAGUUCUGAGGUCAGGAGACUCGGUCCGGUUUUCUUCAGGAAGGUUUCCUUUCCACGUUCCAGAGUCGAUGGAAUCAUACCAAACGCAAUGAUGUGAAAACUCCUAUAUAUAUAUAUAUGCUUUCGAGUCCAA